CGCUGGGCCGCAGUUCGCCUUCCGCCCGCCGUGAGGUGACAGCUGCGUGACGUCACUUCCGUCCGGCUGUAGCUGCGGCAGCGAGGAGGAGGAAGGCAGGAUGGAGGCGGUGGUUCGGCGCUGCCCGUUCCUGGCCCGGGUGUCUCAGGCCUUCCUGCAGAAAGCCGGCCCUUCCCUGCUCAUCUACGCCCAGCACUGCCCUAAAAUGAUGGAGGCGGUCCCACGAGGCCUCGCUACCUCCGCAGCCCGCGGGCAGCAGGCGGAGGAGACCCCUGAGGCCCAGCCGGAGGCCAAAAAAACCCAGCAGAACACAGAUGGGUCACAGCCUCCUGCUGGCCACCCACCUGCUGCUGCUGCUGGUCAGAACUCUGCCACUAAAUGCCCGUUCCUGGCAGCUCAGAUGAAUCACAAGAGCAGCAAUGUCUUCUGCAAAGCCAGCUUGGAACUGCAGGAGGAUGUGAAGGAAAUGCAGGUGGACAGGAAAGGUAAAGAAUUUGCCAAAAUACCAACUAAUUCCGUGGUGAGGAACACUGAGGCUGAGGGAGAAGAGCAGAGUGGCUUGCUCAAGAAGUUUAAGGAUAUUAUGCUGAAGCAAAGGCCUGAAAGUGUGUCUCAUCUGCUUCAGGAUAACUUGCCCAAAUCUGUAUCCACCUUCCAGUAUGAUCAGUUCUUUGAGAAAAAGAUAGAUGAAAAGAAGAAGGAUCAUACCUACAGAGUGUUCAAAACGGUGAACCGAAAGGCACAGAUCUUUCCCAUGGCAGAUGACUACUCUGACUCCCUGAUCACCAAGAAGGAGGUGUCUGUCUGGUGCAGCAAUGAUUACCUGGGCAUGAGUCGUCACCCUCGUGUGUGCGGAGCAGUGAUGGAUACACUGAAACAACAUGGUGCUGGAGCAGGAGGCACAAGAAAUAUUUCAGGAACAAGCAAAUUUCACGUUGACUUGGAAAAAGAACUGGCUGAUCUUCAUGGAAAAGAUGCAGCCUUGUUGUUCUCAUCUUGCUUUGUAGCCAAUGAUUCCACCCUCUUCACUCUUGCUAAAAUGCUGCCAGGUUGUGAGAUCUACUCUGAUUCUGGAAACCAUGCCUCCAUGAUCCAGGGCAUUCGAAACAGCAGGGUGCCGAAACACAUCUUUCGCCAUAACGAUGUCAACCAUCUUCGAGAGCUAUUGAAGAAGUCUGAUCCGUCUACCCCUAAAAUUGUUGCAUUUGAAACUGUGCAUUCUAUGGAUGGUGCUGUCUGCCCUCUGGAAGAGCUGUGUGACGUGGCUCACGAGCACGGGGCAAUCACUUUUGUGGAUGAAGUGCACGCUGUGGGGCUGUAUGGAGCUCGAGGUGGUGGGAUAGGGGACCGCGAUGGAGUCAUGCACAAGAUGGACAUCAUCUCUGGAACUCUUGGCAAGGCCUUUGGCUGUGUGGGUGGAUACAUCUCCAGUACAAGUGCUCUGAUAGACACUGUCCGUUCAUAUGCUGCUGGUUUCAUUUUCACUACAUCCCUGCCACCCAUGCUCCUGGCUGGUGCCCUCGAAUCUGUCCGAACUCUGAAAAGUGCUGAGGGACAAAUCUUGAGGCGCCAGCACCAACGCAAUGUGAAGCUUAUGAGACAGAUGCUGAUGGACGCAGGGCUUCCUGUAGUACACUGCCCAAGUCACAUCAUUCCAAUAAGGGUUGCAGAUGCUGCUAAAAAUACAGAGAUCUGUGACAAGCUGAUGAGCCAGCACAGCAUCUAUGUCCAAGCCAUCAACUACCCCACAGUUCCUCGUGGAGAAGAGCUGCUACGUAUUGCUCCUACACCUCACCACACCCCUCAGAUGAUGAGUUAUUUCCUUGAAAAGCUGCUGGCUACAUGGAAGGAUGUUGGGCUGGAGCUGAAGCCUCACUCAUCAGCUGAAUGCAACUUCUGCAGAAGACCUCUCCACUUCGAAGUGAUGAGUGAAAGGGAAAGAUCCUACUUCAGUGGCAUGAGCAAACUAGUAUCUGUCAGUGCAUGAAAGUAAUGGUGUUCAUCUUAUUCUUAUCUAGUUCUCAUAUCCAAUCAGUAGCAUUUUUAAAUUACUUAAUAAGCAUUUUAAUCAUAGUUAAAGCACUACGCUCUGAGAAUAAAUUUCUAGAGCC